AUGUCAUUCCCACCACCUCCUCCCCCCGGCUGGGGUCCUCCUCCACCGCCGCCUCCUCCGCCAUCCUCAUCGCUCCCUCCUCCUCCUGCCGCGCCGGCUCCCCCUCCUCCGGGUUAUCGCCCCCCGACCGAUCCCCAAAUCGCGAAGUUCGCCCAGAAGAAGAAGGAAUGGCUGCGGAAUCAGCGCAACCGCUUCGGCGAGAAGCGUAAGGGCGGAUUCGUCGAGACACAAAAGGCAGACAUGCCGCCAGAGCAUCUGCGCAAGAUCGUCAAGGAUAUUGGCGAUGUAUCGCAAAAGAAGUAUACCAGCGACAAGCGCAGUUAUCUGGGUGCCUUGAAGUUCAUGCCGCACGCCGUCAUGAAGCUGCUCGAGAAUAUGCCCAUGCCUUGGGAGUCGGCGAGAGAAGUUAAGGUUCUGUACCAUGUCAAUGGAUGCCUGACUCUUGUCAACGAGAUCCCGAGAGUCAUCGAGCCUGUCUUCUUCGCACAGUGGGCAAUGAUGUGGACCUUCAUGAGGAAAGAAAAGGCCGACAGACAACUGUUCAAGCGCAUGCGAUUCCCUCCUUUUGACGACGAAGAGCCGCCCCUGUCGUGGUCCGAAAACAUUGAGGAUGUCGAGCCUCUCGAGCCGAUUCAGAUGGAACUCAACGAGGACGAAGACGCGGCCGUGUACGAAUGGUUCUACGACCACCGCCCGCUUCUCGAUACCCCCCACGUCAACGGGCCGAGCUACAGGUCAUGGAACCUCAGCUUGCAACAGAUGGCUACCCUGUUCAGACUGAGUCGACCUUUGAUUUCGGACGUGGUGGACAAGAACUACUUCUACCUCUUUGAUCGGAAGAGCUUCCUUACCGGAAAGGCGCUCAACGUCGCGCUUCCCGGUGGUCCGCGUUUCGAGCCUUUGUACAAGGAUAUCGACCCCAACGACGAGGACUUUGGAGAGUUCAACGCCAUUGACCGAAUCAUCUUCAGAAACGCAAUGCGAACAGAGUUCCGUGUGGCCUACCCGUACCUCUACAACUCGCUUCCUCGAAGCGUUCACUUGGCGUGGCACUCGCACCCUCAGGUUGUCUUUGAGCGAUCUGAUAACCCUGAUCUCCCCGCCUUCCAUUUCGAUCGGAGGAUUCAUCCCAUUUCUUCCCGAGCAGUCGCACCCAAGAACCUCACUGUGAGCCAUGAGGACGAGAUCUUUGGCCCUGACAGCAACGAAGAGCCUGAGGACGAGGCGUUUGAGCUUCCCGCUGGCUUCGAGCCUUUCCUUGAUGAGGAGGACUUGUCCAACGAAGACACUGCUUCGGCUAUUGAGCUGUGGUGGGCUCCUUUCCCCUUCGACCGCCGCUCAGGCAAGAUGGUCCGCGCUCAAGAUGUCCCUCUCAUCAAGCAGUGGUACCUGGAACACCCUCCGUCCGACAAGCCUCCGGUCAAGGUCCGCGUAUCUUACCAGAAGCUGCUCAAGAACUUUGUUCUCAAUGAGCUUCACAAGAAGAAGCCCAAGGCGCAACAGAACCAGAAUCUGAUGCGUAACCUGAAGCAAACGAAAUUUUUCCAGCAGACCACCAUCGAUUGGGUGGAAGCAGGUCUCCAGGUCUGCAGGCAAGGUUUCAACAUGCUUAACCUCCUCAUUCACCGCAAGAACCUUACCUACCUUCAUCUCGACUACAACUUUAAUCUGAAGCCUGUGAAGACCCUGACCACAAAGGAGCGAAAGAAGUCUCGUUUCGGAAACGCAUUCCAUCUCAUGCGUGAAAUCCUGCGUUUGACGAAGCUCAUCGUCGAUGCUCAGGUACAAUACCGUCUGGGCAACAUCGAUGCCUUCCAGCUAGCUGAUGGUAUCCUGUAUGCCUUCAACCACGUCGGUCAGUUGACUGGUAUGUACCGUUACAAGUACAAGCUCAUGCACCAGAUUCGUUCGUGCAAGGACUUGAAACACUUAAUUUACUACCGCUUCAACUCCGCGCCCGUUGGCAAGGGUCCCGGUUGUGGUUUCUGGGCUCCCGCCUGGAGAGUCUGGCUUUUCUUCAUGCGCGGUAUCAUUCCUCUUCUCGAGAGAUGGUUGGGUAACUUGUUGUCCCGUCAAUUCGAGGGACGUCACAGCAAGGGCGUUGCCAAGACGGUCACAAAGCAGCGUGUCGAGUCGCACUUCGAUCUCGAGCUGCGUGCUUCCGUUAUGGCCGAUUUGAUGGACAUGAUGCCUGAGGGUAUCAAGCAGAACAAGGUCAACACUGUUCUCCAGCAUUUGUCUGAGGCCUGGAGAUGCUGGAAGAGUAACAUCCCCUGGAAGGUGCCUGGCUUGCCCGCGCCCAUCGAGAACAUCAUUCUCCGUUACGUCAAGGCCAAGGCUGACUGGUGGAUUUCUGUUGCACACUACAACCGCGAGCGUAUUCGCCGCGGUGCGACCGUCGAUAAGACCGUCGCCAAGAAGAACGUCGGCCGUCUCACUCGACUCUGGCUCAAGGCUGAGCAAGAGAGACAGCACAACCACAUGAAGGACGGCCCGUAUGUCUCUAGUGAGGAGGCCGUUGCCAUCUACACGACGACGGUUCACUGGCUGGAGUCUCGCAAGUUCUCUCCCAUCCCCUUCCCAUCUGUAUCAUACAAGCACGACACCAAGAUUCUCAUCCUCGCUUUGGAGCGCUUGCGUGAGGCAUACUCAGUCAAGGGACGUCUCAACCAGAGCCAGCGUGAGGAACUGGCUCUUAUCGAGCAGGCUUACGACAGCCCUGGUACUACGCUGGAGCGAAUCAAGCGUUUCCUGCUUACGCAGCGUGCCUUCAAGGAAGUUGGUAUCGACAUGAACGACAACUACAGCACCAUCAAUCCGGUUUACGAUAUCGAGCCUAUCGAGAAGAUCAGCGACGCCUACCUCGACCAGUACCUGUGGUAUCAGGCCGAUCAGCGCCACUUGUUCCCUGCCUGGAUCAAGCCUUCCGACUCUGAGGUGCCGCCUCUUCUGACGUACAAGUGGGCUCAGGGUAUCAACAACCUGGACAAGGUCUGGGAAACCGAGAACGGAGAGUGCAACGUUAUGAUUGAGACAGAAUUGUCCAAGGUUUACGAGAAGAUCGAGCUGACCUUGCUCAACUCGCUGCUCCGCCUGAUCAUGGACCAUAACUUGGCAGACUACAUCACGGCGAAGAACAACGUCCAAUUGACGUACAAGGACAUGAACCACGUCAACAGCUACGGUAUGAUUCGUGGUCUGCAGUUCUCGGCGUUCGUGUUCCAGUACUACGGCCUUGUCCUCGACCUUCUCCUCCUCGGUCCCCAGCGCGCUAGUGAGAUUGCCGGUCCGCCGCAAAGCCCCAACGACUUCCUUCAAUUCCGUGACAAGGAGACUGAGACCAGGCACCCCAUCCGUCUGUACACCCGUUACAUUGACAAGAUCUGGGUCUUCCUGCGUUUCACCGCUGAUGAGUCUCGCGAUCUCAUUCAGCGAUUCCUCACCGAACAGCCUGACCCCAACUUUGAGAACGUCAUUGGUUACAAGAGCAAGAAAUGCUGGCCGCGAGACUCUCGUAUGCGUCUCAUGAGACACGACGUUAACCUUGGCAGGGCCGUCUUCUGGGAUCUCAAGAACCGCCUGCCCCGUUCCGUCACCACCAUCGAAUGGGACGACAGUUUCGCCAGCGUCUACAGUCGUGACAACCCGAACCUGCUGUUCUCCAUGUGUGGUUUCGAAGUCCGCAUUUUGCCCAAGUGCCGCAAUCAGAAUGACGACUUUUCAGUCAAGGACAGUGUGUGGUCUCUCGUGGACAACACCACCAAGGAGAGGACGGCGCACGCGUUCCUCCAAGUCACGGAGGAAGACAUCCAAAAGUUCAACAACCGCAUUCGUCAGAUUCUCAUGUCUUCUGGUUCGACAACAUUCACGAAGAUUGCCAACAAGUGGAACACCGCUUUGAUCGCGCUCUUCACCUACUACCGUGAGGCGGCUGUGUCCACCGUCACCCUGCUCGACACCAUUGUCAAGUGCGAGACCAAGAUCCAGACGAGAGUCAAGAUCGGUCUGAACUCCAAGAUGCCGUCGCGUUUCCCUCCGGCCGUGUUCUACACCCCCAAGGAACUUGGUGGUCUGGGUAUGAUCUCCGGCUCCCACAUCUUGAUUCCCGCCAGCGACAAGCGCUGGUCCAAGCAGACCGACACGGGCGUCACUCACUACCGGGCCGGUAUGACGCACGACGAGGAAACGCUCAUCCCCAACAUCUUCCGUUACAUCAUCCCUUGGGAGGCCGAGUUCAUCGACUCCCAGCGCGUCUGGACGGAGUACUCUCAGAAGCGCAUGGAAGCUAACCAGCAGAACCGUCGCCUCACCCUGGAGGAUCUCGAGGACAGCUGGGACCGUGGUCUGCCCCGUAUCAACACUCUCUUCCAGAAGGACCGCAGCACCCUCAGCUUCGACAAGGGAUUCCGCGCCCGCGCCGAGUUCAAGAUUUACCAGCUCAUGAAGAACAACCCGUUCUGGUGGACCAGUCAGAGACACGACGGAAAGCUCUGGAACCUGAACGCUUACCGCACCGACGUUAUCCAGGCCUUGGGUGGUGUUGAGACCAUUCUCGAGCACACCCUCUUCAAGGCAACCGGAUUUCCAUCCUGGGAAGGCUUAUUCUGGGAAAAGGCCAGCGGAUUCGAAGAGUCCAUGAAAUUCAAGAAGUUGACGAACGCCCAACGAUCCGGUUUGAACCAGAUUCCUAAUCGUCGCUUCACCCUCUGGUGGUCACCCACGAUCAACAGAGCCAACGUCUACGUCGGUUUCCAGGUGCAACUUGAUCUUACUGGCAUCUUCCUUCACGGCAAGAUCCCCACGCUCAAGAUCUCGCUCAUCCAGAUCUUCCGUGCCCAUUUGUGGCAAAAGAUUCACGAGUCCGUCGUCAUGGACUUGUGCCAAGUCUUUGACCAGGAACUGGAGUCGCUUGGUAUCGAGACGGUGCAGAAGGAGACCAUCCAUCCCAGAAAGUCGUACAAGAUGAACAGCUCUUGCGCAGAUAUUCUGUUGUUCGCCAGCCACAAGUGGAACGUCACGCGGCCUUCCCUGCUGUUCGAUACCAAGGAUGUCAUUGAGCCGACUACAACAAACAAGUUCUGGAUCGAUGUUCAGCUGAGAUAUGGUGACUACGACUCUCACGACAUCGAGAGAUACACGAGAGCCAAGUACCUUGACUACACCACCGACAGUGCCAGUAUCUACCCCUCGGCCACUGGUCUUAUGAUUGGUAUUGAUCUGGCCUACAACCUGUACUCUGCCUACGGCAUGUACUUCCCCGGUCUGAAGGUCCUCAUCCAGCAGGCCAUGGCCAAGAUCAUGAAGGCCAACCCUGCCUUGUACGUCUUGAGAGAGCGUAUCCGCAAGGGUCUGCAGCUGUACGCCUCGGAGAGCAACCAGGAGUUCUUGAAUUCGCAGAACUACUCGGAGCUCUUCAGCAACCAGACGCAGCUCUUCAUUGACGAUACCAACGUGUACCGUGUUACCAUCCACAAGACCUUCGAGGGUAACUUGACAACCAAGCCCAUCAACGGUGCCAUCUUCAUCUUCAACCCCAGAACUGGUCAGUUGUUCCUGAAGAUCAUUCACACCAGCGUUUGGGCGGGUCAGAAGCGUUUGGGACAGUUGGCGAAGUGGAAGACGGCAGAAGAAGUGGCGGCCCUCAUUCGUUCCCUGCCUGUCGAGGAGCAGCCCAAGCAGCUCAUCGUGACCCGUAAGGGUCUGCUGGAUCCUCUCGAAGUCCACUUGCUCGACUUCCCGAACAUUUCCAUUAGAGCCUCCGAGCUUCAACUGCCUUUCCAGGCUGCGAUGAAGGUCGAGAAGCUAGGAGACAUGAUCCUUCGUGCUACCGAGCCGCAGAUGGUGCUCUUCAACCUCUACGACGAGUGGCUCAAGAGUAUCUCCUCGUACACCGCCUUCUCUCGUCUUAUCCUCAUUCUGCGUGCCCUGCACGUCAACCCUGAUAAGACGAAGCUCAUUCUGCGCCCGGACAAGACGGUCAUCACCCAGGACCACCACAUCUGGCCUACGCUGUCCGACGAGGACUGGAUCAAGGUUGAAACCCAACUUCGUGAUCUCAUCCUCAACGACUACGGAAAGAAGAACAACGUGAACGUUUCUAGCUUGACUAGCAGUGAAGUCCGUGAUAUCAUCCUCGGUAUGGAGAUUUCUGCGCCGUCAAUGCAACGCCAGCAAGCCGCAGAGAUCGAGAAGCAGCAGCAGGAACAGCAACAAUUGACUGCCGUCACGACCAAGACCCAGAACGUCCACGGCGAGGAAAUCAUCGUCACUACGACCUCGCAGUUCGAGCAGACUACCUUUGCGUCCAAGACGGAAUGGCGCACCCGUGCAAUUGCCACCUCAAACCUGCGCACAAAGGCAAACAACAUUUACGUCUCGUCCGUUGAUAACGACUUGGACGAUGUCACCUACGUCAUGCCCAACAACAUCCUCAAGCGCUUCAUCACCAUCGCCGACCUCCGCGUCCAGGUUGCUGGAUACCUCUACGGUACCCCCGCCCCUGACAACGACCAGGUUAUGGAGAUUAAGUGUAUUGUCAUGAUUCCCCAGAUUGGCGGUCUGCGCAACGUCCAAUUACCCCAGCAGCUCCCUCAGUCCGACUUCCUCGACGGCAUGAAGCCCCUCGGUGUCAUCCACACAGCCUCAGGCUCCGAGCUCCCCUACAUGUCCGCCGCCGACGUCACCGAGCACGCCCGUCUCAUCGACGCCCACCCCGAAUGGGACAAGAACAACACGGUCACCGUCAACGUUGCCUUCACUCCCGGCUCCGUUUCCCUCUCCGCCUGGGGCCUCAACCCGCAAGGCUACAAGUGGGGCGCCGAGAACAAGGACACGGGCAGCGAUCAGCCGCAGGGCUUCACCACGACCAUGGGUGAGAAGCGCAAGCUGCUCCUCAGUCCCCGCUUCCGCGGCUUCUUCCUCGUACCCGAGAACGGCAUGUGGAACUACAGCUUCAUGGGCUCCGCCUUCGCCGGCAUGGAGAAGAAGCCCAUCCACGUCAAGCUCGACACCCCGCUGCCGUUCUACAGCGAUCAGCACCGCCCCGUGCACUUCCACAGCUUUGCUGAAUUGGAGGACAUCUGGGUCGAUAGGCAAGAUAACUUUGCCUAA